CAGUCUAUUUGGUUAUUGGAAAAAAUUAGAUUGAAAACGAAAGUAAAAUUAUGUUUGUAUGAUAUUUUAAUCUAUACCAUGUUCAAUAAUCUCUGAUUGUUAUAAUAUUAACUCCUAAAUUUUAUAGCUACUCUUUGACAUAGCAACAUUUGUGAAAUAUUUUGGAACAAGGUGACCAGUUUACAAUGGAAGAAAUCUACGAAUCAAAUGUUGAUGAAUGACUGUUAAGAAGAUGUGUAUAUUAUUUUAUGUGUCUUAACCCUUAAGGAGAGAAUUCCCAGUGCCUUUAUGCUAAACAGUUAACAUUGUUUUUUAUUUAUGACUACUACAAGACUUAUGGUGACAUUAUAAUACAAUUAUUGUGAUAUGGAUUAAAUUCACUGAGGAAAUAAAAACAUAGGCAUGGCUUCAGUGUCUUUGUCAAAAAAACUGUCUGACUCAAGAUACAAUAACUGGGUAAAGGCUAGUUUAGCAGUCUUGAUAACAAAAGAAGGUAUUGAACCUUUUGUUGAAGAUGAAAUUGAACAGUUCCAGCAGAAAUGUUUAAAAGAUAUAUGUAACAAUCAGCGUCUUCCAUCUGGAACAAUUUGUACGAGUUGUUGCACAGAAAAUGUAGUCAAUUGUCCUACAAACAAAAUUUGUAACAUUAAGCAAAGACAAUGCAGUUAUCAUAAAGAUUCUGCAACUUCUUUUCUUCUUGCUGGUUGUCCGAACAAGAUCUGUCACAAUUUCAAAACUGAAAUACAGAAGGCCCAUAGAUACAAUGGCCCAUCCUACAAAAACACUGAUGCUACACAGUGGUGCAGUAAAUCCUGGGAGGUCGCUAAGUGCUUCAUGCCACCAGAUGGUUAUAAAGAUGUUGUAUCUGCAUCAGAAACAGAUUUUAAUGGAGUCAACAGUGUCAUCAUAAACUGCAAAUGUUUUCAGACAAAAGUAACAGAUGAUCUUAGUAAGAAUGGAAACAUUUUUGACAAGGGUAGAGAGAUUGGUAAAGCUGUUCGACACGCCCCUAUUCUGGAAGUGGUGGAUAAAGAUUUAAAGCAAUAUUUCAUUGACCUUGAUAACCUUCUGUCAGAUACUGGACACUUGAUUUCCGAUAAUAAUGCAAAGUUAGCAAGGAAAAGAUUAUCUGAGUUACAGAAGGAUACAUUGCUCAUUGGUAAAGAUGAUGUGCGGAAAGUGCUUGAUGAUGUUGCAAAGGUAGCACAAGACAACAUUAAGCUAUUAAGUGAUGAAUUUAAAAAAGAAGCAGAAAAAAGUAAAUUGGAGCUUAAAGAAACAACUCAAAAAUCUUCAGAAACAUUAGAAAAUAAAGAAAACAUUACUCUUGCUGAACUUGAUAAGAUUUUAAAAUCUGCUCUCAAAAGAAUUAACACGGAAACUGAUAAAGGAGUGGAACAAAUAAAAACUGAAACUAAAAGUGGUGUAAGUUUGAUACAUGAAACCACAGAUGAAGGUACAUGCAAGAUUCGAAAGGAAUCUGAGGCGGCCAAAGACCAAGUCAAACAAGCAGCUAAUGAAGCCACAGAUGAAGGUAAAUGCAAGAUUCGAAAGGAAUCUGAGGCGGCCAAGGACCAAGUCAAACAAGCAGCUAAUGAAGCCACAGAUGAAGGUACAUGCAAGAUUCAAAAGGAAUCUGAGGCGGCCAAGGACCAAGUAAAACAAGCAGCUAUUGAAGAGUUUCAAAAAGUUUCAGCAGCAAAUAAACAGAAAGAAGAAGAA